CGUUUCAGGUUUAACCAGAUGUAUCUCUCGUCACGGUGUACAUAGUAACCGUUACAUAUGUGCGCGUGUGUACGGGCAUACGAAAAGCUUCUCAUUCAUUUCUUCCGUUUCUUUCAGUUUACGGUAGUGUAAACGCGUGUGUAGUGCACAUGUAGGAGUACACGCUUGCGAUCGCGUCUAUGUAUACGUGUUCUGUUGUGUUUUGUAUUCCAUCGACGCUUAAGCGCACUUCCCGCCUCGAGGUUCGCGCAUGCGCGCUCCGCAGCAUCCCUUUGCACGUGGUCGUGCACACACGUAAGCUUGUUUUACGUGUACCUUAUUGUUAUUACGAAAUUAUCAAUUACGAAAGAUGCAACGAUAAGUUGGACACGCGUCUUUCUACGUUCUUCUCUCUUUUCCGACACACGUAUCUUGUUUCACGCGUGUGUGCAUACAUUUUCUCGCUUAUCGUCGAUCGAGUCUACGAGACUGUAGCUAUCGACGGGAGACCGAACCAAGACGUCUGCUUUUUUCUGUCCCGUUCGAUAAUAAAAACAUAACUUAUCUCCGAUGCCGAUGACGUUCGACCAGACGAAAUAGCGUCGUUUCCGAAAUUUCCAUACGGUAAGGAUCGUGCGCGCGUAGCACGCGCAUGCGUGCUGCUCGACCGACCAGAUCGGAAUAUUAAUUCCGAAUCCGUAAUGAGAGCCGCUCAACGAAUCGACCUUGUCUCGCGUAUGAAAAUCGCCUGCGUUAAUUUCUUUUUCCAUUCCCUUUCCGGCUUAUCUUUCGAUCCGCUUCCCAACUCGGAAACAGAUACGUGCCCCUCAGUCCACGUAUAAAAACAUCAUUUUUAUUUCCCCUACGAGAAAAAAAAAGUCAAUCGGAUCGUUGUUCCUCGAUCAGUCUUUUCCUUUCCACGAUCGCGUUGAAAAACCCGUAUAAUAAUUAUCUUUCGCGUCCUCGUUCGCGAAUAACCAGCAAUUACAACGAGCAGAAUGAAAUCAUUGCGGUGUCGCGCAAACAAGCCUAUGAUCAUCGACGAUCGCCUUAUUAUUAUUUAGUAGCCGGUGUUUUUUCUGUUUCUCAAAUGUCUCGAAUAUUUCAUCGAUCGUCGUUCUAUUUAAUUUCCGCUUCGGCUCGUUCGGUAAGACAUGCAAAACUAUGAGAGAAAAGCGCCUGGUAAUCGCGUGUUAACGCUUAAUGGUAAGCAAACACGAUUCUGCGUUUCCGUUUUUUCCUGACCUGGCCAAGCUUCUCAAGAUGAGAGAGAAACAAGCAUAGCGAGAAACGCGGAGAGACAAAGACGCGUGGGUUGGGUCGAGUGGCCUGCAAAAGGAAUGUCGGGUUUAUUAGCCCGUUUUAGGUCUAUUCCUGAAACACAGUCCAUCGUCGAUAUAGCGUCGAAUCGCGAAUAAUGUUGGUAAAUAAACGUGUGCGAAAAAUCUGAAAGAUAAGUCCUGUUGAACUUUGGCCUCAGCACGUGGCCUCGAGAAGAAGAUCGCUUACUCGGCCAUACGAUUCGUAGGUACGUACUACGUGUAGAAUCGUUCAUUGUAUUACCGGUGCCUUUUCAGCGGUCGAGUCAUUCACGUUGACGGUCCGAGUGAAUGGGAGCUGGCCCACGAGUUUCGCCCUAAUCAAUUUCUCGAGAGGGGCAACGAGGCCCGCAGCGGAACUAAAUAAGGGAUUCGUCGUGCUACCGUUCAAUAGACUUCCUCUUUUGCGAUUUUUUCGUCCAACUUUUGAUCUACAUUGGCUUUCGAGCGAAACUCUUCGAGUUCGAGCCACUUUGCCUCGUACAAAUUCGAAGAUCUCCCUUCGUCGAAUCAACGGAGCUUCGAGAAAUCGUCCGAUAACUGGCUUCUGUCUUUUUUUUUUUUUUUUUUUUAAAUUACUCGAGAUAGAAUUUCGAUCUUGAUUUUGAAAAACACCGACGAAUCAUCGAAACGAGUCUCCGCCGGCUACUCCGGCAGCUGCGUAUUGUUUACGCGGUACGCUUUUCGUUUGGACCAGCGAAAAAUUGAGAUAAGUCGGAUAUCGAAGCACCGAUAUCGCGCCGAUUGCAACGAGUACCAAAUUACACGGCACCUUUGAUAUCAAUUUCCUUAGAACAAUCACGACACGGAGAAAAGCAGAUAGUAAUGGCGCUAAUUACAUUAUCUAAACGAGAUAGGAACGGAUUUACUUGUACGAUAACCAACUUUACAUUUUGAACGUGUCGUGUGCUCGAGAUAAACGACACUUUCACGCAGUUUAAAAUACCUGUAACGCGAGCAAAUGUUUUGUCGAUUAGUUAUCGGUUAUUGCGUUGAACAUCUCGUCGAUUUAUCUAAUCGGCGAUCGAUCUCGAUAGGCGGGAAAUGAAAAAGUUUCGUAAACACGGAAAUCUUGAACAAGUGGCGAUCGUUCGUUCCAUCCUUCGAUACCCUAGAAAAGUAGAUAAUUCACCGAUCGGUCGAAUUUCAGAUAUCACGGUUUUACGGUAUAUCGAAGAUGUAAAGUCGAAAGUUUGUCAGAGAUACGAUGUCCGUGAACACACAGCUCGUUUUGUUUUCCAUGUCGAUACUCCAGAAACACAGAUAAUUUAAUAGUGUCGAGUAUUUACGAAAUUCCUAGCCACAGAUAAAAACGUCUUGACAAUGCGCGUUAAGAUUCGUUCGUUACGAUAAUGCAUUAACUUGAAUAUCACCGACGAUUGUACGGAAACAUGCAAAUAUUGGUACGAUCGGUCGUUUGAUUUAUCGGGUCAGAAAGCGAUGCGCGGACGUCCUCCAUUCCGGUGUAUACCCCGAAGUACAUACUGCGGUUUGUUUCAAUAUUUAUACACGAUAUCGACUCGCACCGCGCAUAUAAUUUUCCAUUCGACUAUUAUUCCAAGUGUCGAAGUUGCACGAGAUAAGGCAGCAAAAGAGUUUCCUCUUUGCUCGGCUAUCGACGAUUCCUCGACAUCGGAGAGUCGAAUAAAAGUUUUCUCGAGACAAUAAUAACGGAAAAGUAUAUCGAAAAGUACGAGGCGACUGAGUGAUGUAAUAUCGCGGUGUUCGAUAUCGAAUUCGAAUUCUGUACGAGAACGAUAGCAGCAUUCGCAACUUGGAUUCUACGAGUCGUUGCUCGAUCGACCGCGUCUUCGUUAGAAAGAGCAUCCUGUUACCGGUCGGCGAUAAUUAAAGCGAACGUUGCAUGAAAAUUCAAUUGAAAACCUGACAAUUUUCCAAUUAGGCACAAUAUGCCGCUUAAAUAGAAUUGAACGAGCCCCUAACGAGGGCUUCUUUCCCGCCAUCAAAACGAAUAGUGUGUUUCCGCGGCGUUUCCAGGAAGACGCGUUCAAUACGGUCGCAGCUAUCGUCAAAUCUACUUCGUUAGAUCUUAUUCGUUUGCAACGAAUAAAUAGAUUAUUUCUUCGGUUUCUCGCGGAAUGUUUGCAUUUGCUGACGAGAACCACGUUUAUUUGUAUCGUGGUCGAUGGUUUCGCGUGGAAAUUGCGCAGAUUCGAUUCUUCGUAGAAUUCUAAAAUUCCAAAUAAAAGAAUUUCUACCGCGAACUGGCUGCUCUUGAAAAAUUUCAACCGUGGACGAUGAUGGCGUCAUUGGAGAAUAAAGUGGAUGAACAAGUCAGCAAGGUACCGCAGCAGAAUGGAGGCAAUUGCAGGAACGAGGAACUGCAGUUGGAAGACUUUCGAGAUAACAAUAACGAGAGCAUCGAGGUGGAGAUGGUGGUGCCACCGGAUGGUGGAUGGGGUUGGAUGAUCGUCGCAGCCUCCUUCAUGUGCAACCUCUUCGUGGACGGCAUCAUUUUUAGCUUCGGUGUCUUUCUCAACGAUAUUUCCGAAGCUUUCGCAGUGUCGAAGGCGAGAGUGGCGCUGGUUGGUUCGUUGCAGUCUGGAUUUUAUCUUAUGGCUGGCCCAUUCGUGUCAGCAUUGGCCAACAGGUACGGUUUUCGUCUGGUAGCGAUCCUUGGAAGCGUGAUAAGUUGCAGCGCCUUUGUCCUGUCGUACUUCAGCACUUCCAUCGAGUUCCUCUAUAUCUCUUACGGCGUGCUCGGAGGUAUCGGGGCAGGCCUGAUUUACGUGCCGGCUGUCAUAACUACCGGAUUUUAUUUUGAAAGAUGGCGAGCGCUGGCUACCGGGAUCGCGGUCUGCGGAUCCGGAAUCGGCGCUUUCAUGCUCGCGCCUAUCUCAGACAUACUGGUGAAGCAAUUCGGUUGGAGGGGCGCCUUGCUCUUCCAAGCAGGAAUGCUGUUAAAUUGUGCCAUUUUCGGUGCCAUGUUCCGUCCAUUGAAGUCAACGCGGAUUAAGGUGAAAUCCAGCCCGGAGAACGCGGGUUUAGAAGUAAAAAGCAGUUUGAUGGCAAGGGGAGUGUCCACGGCGUCGUUGCAUUGUAUGCAACCAGGCAGAAGCGGUUUCUUUGGAACCAAUAACAAUACCGAUUACCCAACGGCUGCUGAGCUGCUUGGAAGCAACCCCAACAUAGUAAACGCCUCCAAGUCGUUGCAUUCUCUUCAUAAGAUUCACGCGGAGCUGCGAACUCUGGAAAGGAAGUUGAGUAGCUCGGAGAAGCGGCUGUCCGUGCCGAUCUAUCCAGAGUUGGACGUGAACAUGGACGAGAAGAUGGUCGAAGAGGAGAACAAUCUCCUCGGUGGAGAUGUGGAGAGACUGAAUGGCAAAGUGCCCACGAUUCGCAGACAUACGAUCAGCGGUAGACGACUGCGCGCGGACUCGGACUGCAGCCAGAAAUCGCUGAAGAUGGGCAACAGGCGAAACCCAUUCAGCAAGGAUCCGCAGAGACCGUUCUACAGGGACGAUAUCUUUUACGGCGGUUCCCUGAACAGACUGCCGCAUUACAAAUCGCAGCAAUCGUCCGUUGGCUAUCACAUGUCUGUCACGCGUUUGCCUACUGCGACGGACGUCGCCGAAGAGGAGAGUGGAAGCUGUUACAUCUGUCCAGAGAGCGUACGCCGAAUCUUGACGACAAUGCUCGAUUUGAGUCUCCUUAAGAGUCCAUCUUUCUUGAUCCUGGCUAUAUCCGGUGGACUUACGAUGAUGGGCUUCUAUACACCUUUUAUGUACGUCCCAGAUCGAGCCCAAUUGGCAGGCAUCGAGGCCUCGACCGCUAUGUUUCUUGUCUCUGUGAUCGGUAUCGGCAACACCAUUGGCCGUGUCGUGUGUGGAUUGGCUAGCAGCUUGCCAGGAGUCAACGCGUUGGUCGUCAACAAUAUAUUCAUCAGUGCCGCUGGCCUCUUCACCAUUUUCUCCGGAUUAUCUCUCAGCAAGGGCUACCAGUUCUUUUACGCUGCCGGUUUUGGCACUAGCAUAUCUGUCUUCGCCUCGCUGCGAUCGAUCCUGGUGGUAGAUCUCCUGGGACUAGAGAAACUGACCAACGCUUUCGGAUUGCUUCUUUUGUUUCAAGGCGUGGCAGCUGCCGUAGGCGCGCCUCUCGCAGGUAUCUUCAUGGAUGCAACCGGAAGCUACGACGCCUCGUUUUACCUGUCUGGUAGCUUGAUCUUUCUGUCGGCUGUGAUCUGUUACCCCUUGAAGAGAAUCAACGUGUGGGAGACUAAAAAGAACGGCGACAAAUGCAGCGACGAUCCAUCCUAGUCCUGGUCGACGUCGAGCGCAAGACAGAACGCCGAAGACUGAAGUCUAUCACGUAUUCUCGUUGUCGGCCACCGUGUGUGUUUGUACAUACUAACGCGUAAAUAAUUUAUAACACGACUGCUCGAAUCGAUAAUUAAUCCGUGUGGUGGCAGCAGGACCAGCGUGAUCAUCGUAGCUAUGAGAACACGUGGCAAAGGAGCUCGUCCGUGUUCCAUCUUCGAACUCGGUCGAUCUUUGGAACUAAAACGGUCUAUCGAGACGUUCAGGAGGGUGCAACUGACGAUUCCAUGGUCAGAGGAAUACCGUCCAGAGUAUAAAGAUUCUGUCCAAACCUAAGGUCGAGCUUUGUAUUCCCAUGAAACGUCGGAGUGCUCUUUUCGUAUUCCGAGUAGCGCGUGAACAUGUCGCGAACUCGCUGUCAGCUUUUACGCUGUUUUUAAUCACCGACGUGCCUUCUCGUAUCUUACAACGGAUGGUUGGGAGUCGUGAGAUAUUUUUCUAGAUCGUUCGAUGACGGAAGAUAUGUGUUCGUUGUUACGUGCCUUGCGUUUUCAUAAAGAGAUUUUACUCGAAGGUUCCCACGUAAUUCAUUGCGAUGCUUUAUAAUUGAUAAUUCGCCGAUCUCCUGUUAAUUUACAGGGAUUGCAAGGAUUUUAGAAUGUAAGGAAGACGUUUGUAUAUCAACACGCGCCUCCGGAAGAACGGAUUAUUGCUUUACUCCUAUGUACUAUGUUCUAUUUGAUGCAGCUUCGCUACGAUUCUAUACUGUCAAAAAUCUUAUUUAUAGCGCGAUAUCGUAAAUACGAUCGUAUACACCUAUUUCCUUAUUGCGAUGCUGCAGACGGGAAUAAUUACGCUGCUUUAUCUAUUGUACAUCUCGCAUCGUUUCGAGAGGAAUGCGCAUGGAACGUUUGUAUCUCUAGGAAGAUUGGCGCGCGAAGGCGAAGUGAAUAUUCUCGUUAAAUCGAUCGAUCACGCCUUCCACUUCCGCGAAUAUCUUAUAAAACGCGUUUCUAUAAUGAAUAAGCAACACACUGUUACACGCGAAGGCGUAUGUACUUGCAUAAACGAGUACACGUAAUCUAGAUAGAUCGUGCAUCCGUUCUGGUGCAAUGCUAUUUAUAGAGUUAAUUAAUCACUAAACCGACAUCCGGCAGCGUGGUUCCGGAUGUUCGGCUCACCACUAGGUGUUUAAGGAUUUGCUCAAAAAUGAAAUCCGUUCCUAUUGUUCCUAAUUAAUUAUCUACUCUAGCAUU